AUGACUUUCAAUCUCCCAUUACCACCCAAUACGGUACAUCAACUGCUGAACAGAUCCAAUCCCCUGCUUCUAAACAGCCCUAACAGCACCGGUACAAAUCAUGUGUCGCAGUUAGCUGCAUCCUCCGGAUCACUGCCCUCUUCAAUCGGCCGCACAGCAACUUCUCCGUCAGAUCCCGAACAGAUGCUUUUCUACGGCCGUCACGUGAUGGGUCAAGGUAUCGGUGCAGGCAGUACGGGAGUGAAUACAGCGCCAAAAUCCUCGCGAUUUCCUCACCUUCCUCCUCCCCCGGCUUCUUUGCAUUCCAUUUGGGAUCGACACGUGUUUCCCAAACUCAUGUCUUCAAACCUGAGCAAUGGAGGUAACAGUGUGGAAACGGAUGCGUCCAACGAAGUGCUGUCACGAGCUCUGAAGACCCUCAGUGACUUGGCGCCGAGCUCAGAAUUGACUGCAUCCAUCAAGGACUACCAGGCAGACUACUUGGCGCAUCUGAACAACAACAACGGACGCACCAACUCGUCGCCGUCCAUUUCACAAUCACGUGGUGCACUGGAUGGUGGCAAUCCAUUGUCGACUUACAGUUCUUUGUUGGCGGGUAGUUUGCACAAAAUACUGGAUUCGAAAUCGGCCUUCAAAACACACGUCAGAACACCCAGCCGUUCGUUCAGUCAUCCUGCAGCCGAUGUGAAAUCGCCUGAUCAGUCUUCGACAACGGCUCUGGCAGCGAUGGCCGCUGCUUUGGCCGUUUCUGGGCUCAAGUUACCAGCUCACCUAGGCGCCGCAACUUACGGCCCGAAUGAUAACACCUGCCCUCCAGCCUCAAGGGAUUCGGGUGCCGGACUUUCUGACGUCAUCAGUCCGCCAGCGUCAUAUCGUGCCUCACCCGUGAAUCGGUCAGAUUUGAUGGCGACUACACCAUCCUUGGUUUCCAUGAUCAGUUCGCCAAUGGAUGAGUUUUCACGUCUGCCAGAUUUCAAACAGGCCUCGUCCUCUUUUCUGAUGAUGCCACGACUCCAACUACCCUUAGCAGACCAAGACGUGGAUUCUGCGGACGUGACAAUCGACAUAAAUCGACCAAAAGUUGAACUGGUCGAUAAGGUAUUGUGGGACAAAUUCCACUCUCAGGGAACCGAGAUGGUGAUCACCAAGAGCGGACGGCGGAUGUUCCCUCCAUUCAAGGUCAAGGUAAGCAAUUUGGACAAACGUGCCAAGUACAUUGUCCUGAUGGACAUCGUUCCGAUGGAUGACUGUCGCUACAAAUUCCACAACAAUCUGUGGAUGAUCGCGGGCAAGGCGGAUCCCGAGAUGCCAAAGCGGAUGUACCUACAUCCAGAUUCGCCGUCCAACGGAGAACAGUGGAUGCAGAAAGUGAUCUCGUUUCAUAAACUGAAGCUGACCAACAACAUUUCCGACAAGCACGGUUAUACAAUCCUCAAUUCGAUGCACAAAUAUCAGCCACGAUUUCACCUGGUUCGAGCAAACGAUAUUCUCCGGUUAUCUACCUCGAGGUUUCACACAUACACAUUUAAAGAGACUCAGUUUCUCGCCGUCACUGCUUACCAGAACGAAAAGAUUACACAACUCAAGAUUGAUCACAAUCCAUUUGCCAAGGGAUUUCGUGAAAGUGGUGGCGGUCGACGUGAGAAGAACAAACGGAGUGAAAAUUUGAAAACCGGUCCACUUCGAUUGUCCCAUUCCGGGACAGAAACACGUCGAGAUAGCGCCGCCGAUCUGUUUGACGGCUCGAAUCUCACCUCAUCAGACACGGAGAACGAACCGGAUAUGGAGGAAAUGUUGGCGGAUGGAGUAGAGGAACGAAGCAGCAGAAAUGGCACCCAGUCGAUGGUGGUAGACUACGCCGAACAACACCGGUUUCACAAAGACUCAAAACAGUCAGUCAAACGAUUUGCCCCAAAAAGGAAUAUUAGUGGAGCUUCAGUCAACGUGCGUUUAGACUCACCAAGCAAACUGCAAUUCCCUUCGUUUCCUGGUUCAAUAAAGGGUUCGAAUGUGUCGCACACGACAAAACGAACCCAGAGCUUCACUCCCGAUGUUCUACCCCAGAUAGUAGGUCGGCGAACCAAUGGAAGUUCACCACCGAAUGUGACGAUUCUGUCUCGAGGACUUUACCUUCCGGAUGGCCGGAAGGAAUUGGCUGAUUCCGGGGUGGAAGACGUAGGACCGGCAGCAAAGUACCUCUGCAGACUCAAGGAUGAUAACGGCACUGGAGUUCCCACCUUCCCCUAUAGACCCACUUCCUCGCAUUCGUCGAUUUCCAAUUGCUACUCAACUCCUUGGUCCGAUCCUCUGAGUCCUACAUCCUCGAAAGUGGAAAAUCCGCCUGAACCUCUUGAAGCACAGUGUAACUUUCCUCAGUUCACACAUCAUGCUGAAAUGGAACCAAACGAAUCGACGCGAAUUCCUCCUAACAUGGAUGUCCUAAUGAGAAGUCCCCAAUAUUUAUCUUUGCUGGGUAAUUACAUUUACCAGAACCCACAAUUUAUUCCUCAGUUUCUAUCGCUCUUGUACCACCAAAAUUUCGCGCAAUCCCUCGGCAUUUCCAAAGAAGAAUCACCAACCAAUCUGUCCGUGGGAGGUCGAUUGUCUAGUUGGAGUAACUCGAAUCCAGGAGAAACCAACAUUCCUACUGGCAAUAUGAACGUCACAUCUGCAUCAGCAGGAAUACAAUCCAGUUCCGUCGCCAGUUUUUCCAUAUCCGCUUUGACAAAUUCACCAAUCACAAGCAAGAAAAGUUGUACAGACAGUAGUCCAUCUGCUGAGUUGAACAACGAAGAAUCUUCAGAGUCUAACGACGAAAAACCAAUGGAGGAUGUUGAUGAUAAUGCGCAUGUUACAAUUGAAUAAAUAGUCACUCCACCGGUGCUGUGUUUCGCUACUUACGCCGACACAUUCCUCUCGUUCUGGGAUCAUUUGCCCCAGUCAAUUCGAGCUUCACGAGCACAGAUGCACCAAACCUGUUCCCUUCCUUUUCCCUUGUCUGUGAUUUCCUAUCAGAGAGUUCCCCUUUUCCCCUUACCUUGUGCACAAAAGGUGAAUUUCCCCACUGUACAUAGUUCCAUGCGAUCAGCAGUGAACAUACUACUGACGAACGAAUAGUUAGUAGAUUAACAAACCAUGUGCUACUUGUGUUUUUCAACUGUACACAUAAAGUUGCGAACAGGCAAAUUCGAAAUAGAUCGGAGAUGUUUAUUUUGUUCGCAUUGUGAAUCCCGUUUCUUCCGUUUUCUUCACACCCCUUGAUAUAUGUCUUUGACAUGCAUAAACUAUUGAUCAAGUAAAAUUUGUGCAAAAUUUACAAUACAUGAGCUAUGGUUUUUCAACUAAACGC